AUGACUCGAGCGCAGCGCUUCGGAACAGGUCUAGGGGCCGCAGUGCUGGUGUAUGCGCUCCUCUGGCUGGAUAUUUUGCCUCUACCGCUCGUCAGCGAUGAGGUCAAGUGGGAAAUCUUGCCUGUGGUGAGUCAUGUUGGACGAGCAGGCUUUGCGUGGUGUCAUGGCGAGCUUGUGCGGAUGCGGAAGUCAGAUUGGGGUGGGGAGUGAUCACUGGCAUUCGCAGAGCCUACCAGUCCCUUUCUUGCUGCACCCAUAACCUGGAUCGAGCAUGUGGAAGCGGAUGAAGGGCGCUAUGAUGCUACCAGGCGGCGAAACAAUGAGACGCUUUCCGGAUGGGCCUGUUGUGUUUUGCCUUCUAAGCUCACGCAGUCAUGACCCCCGCUCCUUGAAACGCAUUCCAGAUUCCCUGGUGGGUACUGGUCAGCACCGGCUCUUACCUCCUUUACGGUAUUGGCUGGGGUCUCUAUAACUUUAACGAUGUCCCACAGGCGUACGAUGAUCUCAUGGUGGUGAGUAGAGCCCAAUACUGGCCAAUGUACUAGCAAAGUAUUUCGUGUAUGCUGGCUUGGUCCUCUGCGCGUCUCCGCCUGCGUCAUUAACCCUCAGGAACUGAUGUCCGCUUGCUCGCUUCAAUGACAGGACAUCAAAGAUGCGAAGGAGUAUCUCGGAUCGCGGGGGGUUGACAUCUAA